AUGACUUGGAUCAUGUUGGAGAAGGAUGGAGGUGAUGGUCCUGAUCCUUUGAAGAUUUGGACUGUUGCAAAUUGGGAUGGGAUCGAUUCCGAGGUGAAGGAAAAGGAGUUGAAAGAGUUCGAGUCGAAAGGAGAAAAUUGGUCACCUAAGCCAGUGAAUAGCAGGAGCAUAUUUAGGACAAUCCACGCACCUAUAACGGUCACGGAUAGCGCUAUAAGUGGAGGUAUGGGUUGGCCGCCUUGGUUGAUGAGAGACGUGAUUAGAUCAUUCAAAUACACAGUAAAGAAUGAGUCGUGUACGAACGAGGGUACAGAUGUUGUAGCCUCAGGUAUAUUGGAUCAGGUGUUGUUGAAGAUAGGAAAGGAUCCAGAACACUUUGCAGCAAGAGGAGAUGAUGUGCGUUUGUUCACUGAAAAGGAUGACCUGCAGUGCUUGGUGGAUGAGAUUGUUGACCUUCAAAAAUUGGUGGAGAAAGGAUGCAAAUGUGGGAAGAAAUGUGUUGCAGGAAAAUAUGAAUGUGUACGAGCGAAAAGGAGGUGUGGAAGUACAUGUCCAAAGGGUAGAGCUUGCAGCAAUGGCUAUGGCCGGCCCCUCUGCCAAGGACUAUAUGCAGAUCAAUGGACGAAAUUUGGUUAUAGCGGACUCUACCGGGACCCCGCUCCUAUCCUUACACUUAACUCUUUAAUCAAUAAUAAUGAUGUCACCAUACACUCCGGUGAUUCCACUGUUGAAUGUGAAUUAGAGCCCGCCACGACCAAUCGAACUAGGAGAAAGCGAAACGCAUCGUAUGAUCUGGGCACACGUACUUCAAGACCACGCCGUACUUCAUUGGGCGCUUCCUUCACAACAGGACGCUCCACGAACCAUCCUUUCAGCUCUCCUCCCUCAAGAUCAAACUCUCCGCGUCUGCAACAUGCAUCGCUUUUUGGGCUCUUGGAACAUGCAAACGAAGCAAAUGGUCUCAAUAAAAACCUUGUUCAAAAGAGAAGCAGGCAAAAUGUCGCCCAUUUCGACAUCUUCGCUGUAGACAAGGCCACGCCCACAGAAGGAAUGUUCUUAGAGCAGAAAGCAGAUAAGUUUAUUACUGCAGUGCUUCCAGGUUGGCUGCUCGCAGAUGAGCCCAAGGAGAAUCAGGGUGGCUCGCCUGGUGUGUUAACACCGGGUGGAAUUUUAAAUCACAAUGGCUUAUCGAAUCUGACACCAUUCACAAGUAUCAAUCUAUCUUAUGCCGAUGAGUAUUAUCGAGAUGAUCUCAGAUCGAAGUACUUCGAUAAUACCAUGGCCGCAGAUGCACAGCUGAUCAAAGUUAUCGAUGAAAGCUGGAAUGAAGAGGAAGACCACGAAGAUACAUACACGCACUUUCUAUAUCAGGCAAAUUUGAGGCUUGUGAUGCAGGUCAAAGACUAUGUUGAUGAUGAUGAUGAUGAAGUCACAAUUGUAUCGAGGGAUUCUCAAGAGGCUAUAGAAAUCAUGGAUAAAUUUAUGUUCUUAGCCAAGAAAGAGAGUUUAUCAGACAUUAAGGUUCGAAUCGCUGAGCUGAAAUGCAGAAUGUUCCUGAAUGAGUUCUCUGUCAAGCAGAACGAAACCCUGGCACAAAUUCUAGGAGCACGUCGGUCUUUCGAACUGAAGAAUCUACAAAUGAUUAGGAAGACUUGGGACGAAUUCGAGAGUCUUUUCGCUCGCAAUACUGAUGAUGCAAACUUAGGCACACUACAACUCACACUGUUGAUAGAAUGGAACAUCAAAAGGGAACUGUGGGAUAGCUUUCAUGAAGGUUCACCCGAAGCAAUUCAAGCAGAAGCGUUGGCCACACAAUUCAAGUCAUUCUACUCAUACGCUUUGUGUAUGCUUGUUUUUGCGGACGUUGUCUAUCUAGUCGCGAUGGGAGAUCUGAGGACAUUAUCGAAUGUGGACCACAGGGAUUCACGCCUUCAAUUUUGGGAAGAGAAAUUGUCUGACAGGACAAUUCGCACAUUCUCGAAGUUGAUGCAGCAUUGUUUGGUUAGGGAGUGUGUAAUUGAAGCAGGAGAUGUUCAAUCAUACAUUCGAAAGUACCUUUCGAGAUUAUCUGAUGACAUUUUCAGGUUUCAAAUAGUUGGCAAGGAGAUAGAACCAUACUGGCCAUUGUAUGACCAAUAUUUUGAGGAGAUGAUGUGUGGUAGAUUUGUUUGUACUAGCAUUGAUGUUCCUGUAAAUAAGUUAGAGUUGGUAGGCUGUAUGAGGGAGACUGGCGAGGAAACAAGAUCGUACCAAUUUAUCGCCAUCCAAGAAUCUACCAAGACUCUUUUCAAGUUUAUGGCGGAGAUCGAUCUCCAUGACGCUCUUGCCUUCGAAGUUGUGGAAGGCGUGGUGACCAACCAGAAAAUUCGCAAUCAUCCCGCCAUCGAUGACGUUGAAGCUUGCAAAAUCUACGACCACAUCUUGGCAAACGUCUUUAAGUCUACGAUGCAGGCAAUGGCGAGCCCACACGUUGGAUUAGAUGAUGAGGCAGGAUAA